CCGGUCCCGACGAGACUCCUGCGCUAUCUGUGUCACUCGGUCAGCUGCAGAGUGAAGGACGCGGACACGUCCACACGACCCUACACCCCGAGCCCCGUCGUAGCCUGACAGUUUCCAGCUAGCCGCCGAGUGAGGUGCCCGCGCGCAACAUGGCCACCGUUAAGUUCACACGCAAAGAGAUCGAAGCGCGGAACCACCGCGAGGAGGCCGCUAUCAUCAUAGACAACGUGGUGUACGACGUGACGGAGUUCAUGGAAGACCACCCGGGUGGCGUGGAUGUACUGCUCGACAACGCCGGCAAGGACGCGUCCCAAUGUUUCGCUGACGUGGGCCACAGUGACAUCGCAUUGGAAUGGCGCGAGAAGUUUGUUAUUGGAGAAGUGGUCGACGAGGACCGAUGGCCAGAGGUGAAGCGAGUGGUGCACGAGGCACCACCCGCCGAGCCCUUCACUCUGAUGACGCUGCUGAAUAUCUGGGGCCCGCCAAUAGUGCUUGGCGGUCUCGCUGCGCUCGUUUACACUUACCUCUUUCCGACGUCUUAGGACAAACGAAUCAUUACUGCAGUGCUUUAUCAAUCCACCUUACCAGUGUGUGGACAUAAACUGUAGGGAGAAGGUUAAGGUGGGUUAUGUGUGAUAAAUAUGGGACUAGAAAUGUGUAAAAGCAGUCGGUGAAGCAUAGCUUCCGGUCGGUACUCGUGGCAAGUCAGCGACUAAUAAAUCGACUCGAAUGCUUCCCU